GGGCUCGGUGCCCGGGGGCGGGGCUACGCCCGGCCCCGCCCCCCCGGGCGCUGACAGUGACGGCGGCUCGCGCGGGUCAUCGGCUGGCGUGGCGCGGAGCUGGCCUGCGGCCUCCGUCCUCUCCGCAGUGUCUGGUGGCGUCUGUGACGCUCCCACCGUGUCCAGGUCGGCCCUCUCCAGCCCCAGGCCCACGAGACUACAGGGCAGCCUGAUACCUCUGCCAGGAAGACCGCAGGCGCCCAAACCCACCCUCGCUAGGGGCUCCCGCAUCGGCCACCAGGAGAGCUGACCUCGUCGCCCGCCCCCAGGGUCACUCAGGCUCUGUCCCCCCAGGCCGCCCCUCCUGCCCCGUGGCACCUUUCUACCGUGAAUGUCACGGCUUCGCGCUCCCUCCUCCCCAAGCUGGAAAAAAUAAAUCAAUGACUAGAACCCGGGAGGGCUGCUGCUGCCUCACUGCCCACCUCCGGACAUGAACCAGGCUACUCCACGGGCCGGCGCUCAACACUUGUCGACUUACUCACCCCGUGAGUGUUUGUUGAGCUCCCAUGGUGUGUGCAGCCGGAGGAACAGAGAGCGGGCAGGUCCCCCGUGCUGACAGGGCCGCAAGGUGGCAGAAGAAACAUGGGUGGAUGCAGAGCUGUCCCCGCGCAGAUCCCCAAGCCCCGAGGGACCACUGACACCAAGCCCAUACCGUUGGGCGUGGGCUGGCAAGGGCUCCGCGGGCCACUUGGCGCUCUGUCCACUGUACCCGUCCACCCCAACCGGGAUUUCCACUUCUAGGAAAGUCCCCGCUUCUCUGAGCGCACACGGAAAGGUUCUUGCUCUUGGAAAGACUGGAAAUCGCCUAAUUGCUCAUAAGUAAAAGAUCAAUUUAGAAGUUACAGAACACGUGUGUGUUGGGGUGGGGCCAUGCACAGGGAGAGCGGAGGUCUCUGUCUUCACAUGUUUUUACUCCAGUGUGCAGGUGUGAUGCACACCCCCCUCCACCUGCCCCAGGUGAGAUACACAUGCUCCUCCACCUGCCAUAGGUGAGAUACACACCCCCUCCACCUGCCCCAGGUACGAUGCACACACAUCCCCUCCACCUCCCCCAGGUGCGAUGCACACACCCCUUCACCUGCCCCAGGUACGAUGCACACACACACACCCUCCACCUGCCCCAGGUGCGAUGCACAUGCCCCUCCACCUGCCCCAGGUGCGAUGCACACACACCCCCUCCACCUGCCCCAGGUGAGAUAUGCUGCACAAGAGCAAGUCAGGAGGGGGUGCCCGCCUGGAAAGAUCGUGGUGGAUGGUAAUUGAGGGCUCUCACUUUUUACUUAAAUUUCUCAGAAAGUCCUCAUGAUCCCUCAGUCUCGGGGAAGAGAGGGCAGAGAUGGGGCCCUGGGGGAAGGGUCUCUGGAUCACCGUAGUGAGGAGCUGAGCAGCUAGCCUGCGGGCAUUACCGCCAGACCCGCCCAGGCCACUCAUGGGGCAGACACCUGGGGGAGGGACCAGCCUGGCCAACGCACCCCCAAUACCUGCCCCCUCAGCCUGGAACAUUCCCCCGGCCCCCGGAAGGCGCCAGAGGUGGGGCGUGCGGCUGGGAGCCGCUAGGGCCCGAGGGUUGGGGGGGGCUCCCAGCGGGCUGCCCUGUGACAGCUCCCUCCACGCUACCGGGCUGGGCCGGAGUAGGGAGCAGGAGGGCGGGCUCCCGCCCAGCUGGGGCAUCCGGCUCCGCCUCCUCCUGGAAGGACUAUUUAGCUCUGGAGGUGCUGAGGUCAGUCCCCUAGCGGGACCCCGACCUAGCGCAGGCCGCACCGGACUAAGGAGGCUCCUGGCCCAGCCCGCCGCCGCUUCUCCCCUGAGACCUGCUGGCCUGCAGACGGACAGACGUAGGGAGCCCCCAGCCCGUGCCCCUUCCAGCAGCCUGAAGCCUCGAUCCCCUGCGCCUCGGCCUGUGGCCUGGAAGCUACAGCAGGCCCUCCAGCCUCCACGGCGCACCAGCCGAGCCCCUGCCACGGGUCAGCCUCUCCGGGACGGCGCCCACCGACGCCGGGGCCCCCGCAGGUCCCGAGCCCAGCUCCUGCGGGUGGGCUGUGUGCUGGGCACCUGCCAGGUCCAGAACCUCAGCCACCGCCUGUGGCAGCUGGUGGGGUCAGCCGGCCCACGGAACGCAGCCCCCAUGGAUCCCAGCAGCCCCUACAGCUACGGCUGAGGCAGAGCGGCCCGUCCCAGCCGGGAUGCU